UCGUCUGCUUAUUUCAAAGGUCAUUUCUGAAUGCAACAGUCCAAGGUCAGCCGUAGCCGAGAACGGAGCAAAGAAAAAUGGAAGGUAUAUUUUACACUCUGACUGAAACCGAGCUGAAAUGUUCUGGUCAAAAAUUGAGAAAGUUACCAACAGCCACAGACCAUGAAGGACUAGAUAUUGGUCAAAUAAAAUACAUGGAUCUGAGCUAUAACAAAAUUUCAACAUUGGAUGGCUUAGAAUCAUUUACUUCCUUAGAAACAUUGAUCCUUGAUUGCAACCGUAUCACUGAUGACAUUGAAUUUCCAUGUUGUAAAUCUCUGACUACAAUUUCAUUAAAUAAAAACCAAAUCUCCGAUUUGGAUCAUUUGCUUGGAAACUUAAAGAAAUGUGCCCCAAGACUUCGUUUCCUGAGUCUACUUGGAAACUCUGCUUGCCCACAUCAACUAAUGGGUUUAGACUAUGAUGAUAAUGAUUAUCAUCGUUACAGAUGUUAUGUCAUUUACUGCUUGCCAAGUUUAAAAUUUUUAGAUUCCACCACUGUUACCAGAGAGGAAAGGGAAGAAGCAAUUUUGAGGGGGAAAUACCUCAAAACUGUAAAACCCUUGUCAUUAAAAACACUUAUUUUCAUAGCAAGCCAAACCGAUGAGACAAGACCGAAAAGACUUUGUCCCCCUGCCACCUGCAAAGUUAAACAUAGCUCUACACAAAGGUAUUUAUGGAGCUUGCAGGUAUCGCUACACUGGGAAAAACUCCGAAGGAAACCGUUUUAUCCGUAACCAUGACCUUUAAACUCACAAAAGUAAUUAUAAGAUAAGAUGUUGUUGUUUUCUUCUCCGGAAUUUUAAUUGUAGUGUUUUAAACUUUGACGAUAAUGCAACAAUACACACUUCUACUUAG